UUCGUAUUUGAUAUGGCAUCAAAAGCCAGAAUUCGAUGACAGAAACGCGGAGGAUAUUUUUAUUUAUUUUUUUCCAAAAAGGACCCAUCGACAAACCACUUAAAAAGGUUUAGUGCACAAGUCAAAUCGAUUUGACGAUGGUUUUGUUUUCCUGCCGUAAAGUAAGGUCGUAUGCUUCACGACAGUCGUAUUACGGCAAACACCUGAUCGCCUUCGGAUUAAGUGGAAACGACGCAACAAAGAACGUGUCGGAAAGAUCUUAAAUGUUAUCGCUGAUGCGGUCGAUGAUUUGCCGAUAUCACAUCUGAUCAGACGUGGAAUAAAUGAGCCAAUCGGAAGUGAAGAUUGACUUCCGGCCAGGCCGCGUGCAGGUACUUCAGCGUACACUCAGACAAAUAUUACCGGGAGACAGAUAUAGGAUCGCUGACGGGUCUGCCAACUUCCGGCGCAUCGUACAAAAAAAAGGAGGAGAUGCACGCGCCGACUCUGAGGGUCCUGGUUACCGGGGCGACCGGUCUUCUAGGCCGGGCAGUCUACAGGGAGUUCCAGAACCACGGCUGCUUUGUCAUUGGAACGGCGUAUAAGAGGGCAAGGCCCCGACUUCUACGUUGUGACCUCACAGACGAGGACGCCGUGCGAGGACUGCUGAUGGAUAGCAAGCCUGACGCCAUAGUUCACUGCGCAGCGGAACGUCGCCCCGAUGUGGUGGAGCGACACACCGAGGCGGCGAUGAACCUCAACGUGCACGCCACAAGCACGCUCGCCAAAGAAGCAGCCGCGUCAGGCGCCUUCUUCCUCUACAUCAGCACCGACUACGUGUUCGACGGAAGGAACCCUCCCUACGGAGAAGACGACGUUCCCAAUCCCCUCAACGUGUACGGACGCAGCAAACUGGAGGGGGAGAGAGAGGCCCUCAGACACUGUCCAGGAGCCGUCGUGCUGCGGGUGCCCGUUUUGUUCGGGGAGGUGGAGUCGCUGACGGAGAGCGUCGUCACGUCGCUGUGGCUUAAAGUCCAGGAGGGGGCGGCAGAGAGCUGCACGCUGGAUCACUGUCUGCAGAGGUUCCCGACCGAUGUCCGAGACGUCGCUGCCGUGUGCAGGAAAAUUUGCGAGAGAGCGAGACAGGAUGCGUCGAUCAGGGGAAUCUUUCAUUUUUCCGCUAAAGAGCAGAUGACCAAAUACGAGAUAGCGGUGGCCAUAGCGCAGGCCUUCAAUCUGCCGUCCAAUCAUCUCAUUCCUCUGACCGAGCAGCCGGCGGGUUCGGCUCUUCGUCCCCUUAACAGUCGCUUGGAAUGUUCUCGCCUGGAGCUGCUGAACCUCAGCGUUGAACCGCAACCUUUCACCUCUGCCAUCACAGACUGCCUGUGGCCAUUCACCCCCGACAAGCGCUGGAGACAAACUGUGUUCCACUAAUGUUGUGAUUGAUAUUAUUAUUAUUAUUAAACGUCUAGGAUAAAACAGCAUAAAGAAAAAGAGAAGCUUUAGUAGUUUUGUUGAGCAUGAUGUUUCUUCUUUUGAAUUGUUUUCCUUCCUCUGUAACAUUUCUUUACACUCUUUCCUCUAUUUAAAACUGAACGAUUAAACAAAAACAUUACCAAAGUAUAUUGUGUUUUACACAAAUAUAAUAAAAGGUACAUUCUACACAUUCA